AUUUUAUAUGAAUGCUGUAGGCCGAUUGUCGAGUGUUGUGAAACUAUUAAUUUCUUCAUGGAAAGGCAUAAAGCCCUCAAACACACACUAGAGGAGACGCUACAGGGACCGCUGCCAGCAGCUGGCACAGAGAAGACCUUGGACUUGGCUGAAGUGCAGAUUCCUGCCUUCACAUCUAAGGAUCUGCACUGUUUGCACCUAAAUGUUUGCAGCCGACGACCAAAGACAGAUGAAAUCUGUGUACUUGCAUGUAAAGGUUCUGGUCUGCAGAUAAAGACAUCAUGUACAUCAACAUCAAAUACAGUUUGUCAACCACUGGAGGGAUUCUACUGUAUGGACUCCACAGAGGACGGCUGUGUGAAAGCACUGAAACACACAAGCUGUCAACCAGGACAAUGCAUCAGACAAAAAGGAACAGCUCUCAGGGACACUGAGUGCACUGACUGCAGUGAUGGAACAUUUUCAGAUGGGACAUUUACAUCUUGUCAACCACACACACAAUGUGAAUCACUAAAGCCUCGGCUGAUCAAACCAGGAACUGAUUCAGCUGAUGCUGAAUGUGGAAAAGAAAAAUUAAAUGUGACAGCAAUGGUGAUUGGAGGGACUUUAUUACUUUUUUUAUUAAUUGGCAUACCUUUAUCAGUUUACUUCAGAAAGAAGAAAUCAGGAAACUGGAGAGGACAUGUCAGAGAAGCUAAACAGAUGCUAAACAGUAUCAGUCUUACACAGUGACGUCAUCUAGGACCCUGGUGGCCUGAGGGAGCCUCUCAGUGCUGACCUGCUGUAUCAGGUACCUUCUUAUCAGCUGCAGCAGGGAGAAAAGGAUGUUAUCUGCAUGGUUGGGAUCCUGUUUCCACUCUCAUGUCUAUGAACAUCCUGGGCAGAAUCAUAUACUUGCGCUCACAUUCCUGUCAUGGUUGGGAUAGCGAUGGCGAGCGAGUAAUCCGUCCACUUGCACGCAUCCCCUAAGCCCCCUGUGCUGAUGAUGACACGGCUUCCUCAAUCAAAAUAUGUUUGAUCGAUGCUCUCUCUGUGUCAAACAAGGCCCGUGCACUCAGUGACUUGUUUAAAGGAAAAAUUUUGGCUUAUUUCUGACUGAAACCUGGCAACGUAAUAUGGAAAUUUUCCAUUCAAACGAACUUUGCCCUAUUGACUGUUCAUAUACUGGGACUCCACGUCUGUCUUGCUGUGGUCUGGAAAAAUUGUUUCUCUUGCCAAUUAGUGAGCACAGAACACUUCAGCAGUUUUGAAUCACAACUGACUAAAGUUGGUCGGAAAAAGCCGUUUUACUGUUUUUUAAUUAUCGACCUCCUGGUCCAGCAGGUCAGUUUUUAUCUUAAAUUACAGAUGUUGCUGUGAUUUUAGUAAAAAUUUUAAUUUAAGUUUACAAAUGUUAACGAUCUUAGGAUCUCUGCCCUUGACUGUCUGCAGACAAUCCAAAAUGCUGCCUUAAGACUACUCACCAGGUCAAAUAGAUGGUCUCAUAUUACUCCCAUUCUUAAAACUCUUCAUUGACUUCCUGUUGCGUAUGCCUAUGUGGCUGAUCGCUACACCCAUACACAACGGCUUGCUCUCUUAGGUCUAACAUGCAAAACUUGCUCUCUGUUCCACACACCCAUCUAAAGACCAGUGGUGGUUGAGCUUUUGAGUCUGUCACACCUAAGCUACGUAAUACUCUGCCUGCACCCUUAAGGUCUGCUGAUUCUGCUUAUUCAUUUAAAAAGCAGCUAAAAACACACCCAUUUAGACAGUCGUUUGGUUAACCUGUGAGAAGUCAGCAUUUUAUGUUUCUAUGUUUUUAUUGUGUAUUUUAAUUUUUUAUUUUCUUCCAUGUUUUUACUAUGUGUUUUUUAUUACAGAUUGUGUAUUGGUAUAUAUUUCUCUGUAUUUUUGUGCAUUAUGCCUGAUAGGUAAAAAUUACCAAAUAGACUGAGGUUGGUUGAAGUCAAGCGUCUCUUUAAUUCAAACAGAACAUAUGUUGUAGGCACGGAGAGUCCUCAGAGUCUCCGUGGAGAAUUCUGACAAGACAAAGGAAAGUCACUAGUAUAUAUAGACGGCCUUGAUGCCCUGGGGAGGCACCUGUAGUUGUUUACAGAUUCCUUCUAACAGACCUAGACAAAUCUUUGCAGAGCUCUCCCUUCCACAUGAUAACCAUGAUGUCCAUAUGACUAUCAGUGUUCCCCUCAAGGCCCUGCCGCCAAAUAUAUACAUACAUAUGACCAUACCUACUUAACUAAUACAUGGAUUUUUCUAUCAAUGCCCUUGUAAAGCACUUUGUGACUGAAAAGUAUAAAUACAUUUUACCUACUUUUACUUACUUAAUAUUCAGUUUGAAGUGUAUUUAGUCAUUUUUCAGCAUGAUGUUGUUAAUCAGCCCUUCAGGGACGUUUCUGGACGUUUUGGUUCUCUAGACGAGAUGUUCACUGGCACCUCUGAGGGAAUCAAUCUUUUCAUUAGAAUAUUUUAUAACAACUGUAAUAAUUUUAUGAUACUUUAUUAUUUUAAAUGAAACUUAAUUCAACUUCUCUCAACUUCUGUUCUGUGGCUUGUGUUCAUGCUCUGCUCCCUUUUAAGACUUUAUAACCUGGUUAUUAAUAUCCCUGUAAUAUUUUAACAUUAUCCAGGACUGUUGUUGACAGUCUGUCAUUUCUGUAUUGAUGUGCAGUAAUUCUCUGUAUGAGACUUUCACUUAUGGCUGUUCUGACCACAUUUAUGAUCCAAUGUUUAUUUUGAUUUAUUUUUUCCCCUCAUUAUACAACUUAUCAUGCACACUUUAGGCCUGCAUUAAAAUUAGUAAAGCAACUUA